AUCUCUCAACUUUUGAUGCUCUUAGAGCGUGCUAAUUCUUAUGUCUUAGUGACAGAGAGCAACAACUCCAAAGCCAAUGUUUCAAUUGUGUCAAUGUUAUGGUUCAAGCCCAAGAUAAAUACAACCCGGGUUUGUUCCGAUAAGAUGGAUCCUCUGACAGUGCUGCCGGUGGAGCUGGUGCGGAUGUUGGUGCAGCUGCUGGCCCCCAGGGACCUGCUGGCGCUGUCCACCAUGUCGCGGGCCUGGCGCCUCGCGGUCAAGGACCCGGCCUUGUGGGACGCGGUGCGGCUGCGGUUCCCCGGCGACCAUCCGGGAUUGCUGCGCUUCGCGCCCGCCAUCGCCGACCUGGAGCUGGUGGUGGCAGACCUCAAGCCGCGGCACCUCGACGCGCUGCUGGCCGGAAACGCCGCGAUCCAGCGUCUGACCUGCUUGCCGAGUGGUGGCGGUGCCGCCGGCCAAGAAGAGAAAGGUGCCAACGCCGCCACACUGGUGCGAAUCCUGCAACGGGUGUCGCAAUCGUUGCGCGGUCUGUCCGUCCUGUGCUACGUGGAAGAACACUCCCUUGUUUCAGCGACCCGAGAGAGAGUGCUUCAGAUUAUCGUCGCCAUGCCGCGGUUGCGUGAACUGAGGAUGGGCGAUAUGAACUUCGCCUUGGACAGGUACCCUAAACGUCCGCCGGUUCCAGUGCCAGUUCAGGGCACCCUGGAGAAGCUGUGUGUCGAGGGGGAACCUCGUGACUGCUGGGCUAAGACAGUGCUCAACCUGCUGCGAGCGCACCGAACCAGUCUGCGCUCCCUCGAGCUUCACGAGAUCGAACCAAUGGACGGCAAGGUUGUCGCCAGCAUUGCGGCGUGCCGCGAACUUAGAUCUCUUACUCUGAAACUACCUGCGGGACCGUUCAAGAUGAAUCUGAUGAGUGCCUACAAAAAUCACACGAGGCGAAUUUAUCGUCAACUGCCCAAGGAGCUCACCCACCUGGAGCAUCUCAAGCUGCUGCUGCCGUGCCCGUUCGACGUGGACUCCAGCGCUCACACAGACGACGGCGAGGGCACGGGCCUGGACGAGCUGGCGGCCGGCCUGCGGAAGCACGGCGGGGGGCUGCAGUCCGUGGAGCUGGUGGUGCUCUGCGGCUCUGCCACGCGGGAGUCUCGCGUCGAAGCGAACGAGGCCAGACUCCGGGCCGCACUGCCGGACACCGCUGUUGUCAAGGCGCGAGUGGAGAAGAGCCAUUGCCACUGCACUGAUGACACGGAGGACGACUAUGAGAACGACUACGACGAUAUGGUGGACGCGUUCUAUGAAGCCAGCAGCCGCGACGCGUCCAGUUACUACUCGUCUGACGAGGAAGGGGACGAUGAUUAAUUUUAUGCUUCCAUGACCACCAGUGACAAAUGCGUCGUUUAAAACAAGUUCCCGCAUCGAAAUUUUGUCUGAACUUCAGUAACUUGGCUCAGCGAGAAUGGCUGUGUAGUUAACGCUAUAUUUCUUUAUUUAACGCACGUAUACAACAUCCAUGCUGUAUUUAGGCAUCGCACUAAUUACAUGGCAUUUGUGAUGUUACUAGAGCUUUACGGUAAGCUCAGAUUUCCAGUAGUUCGCAUUCAAGGGAUGACAGUGAAAUGUUGGGUGCCACCUUUGAUACGGCAACUGAUUUUUGCUUUGACUGUAUGUGUAGAACUGACAUCAAUUUGUUGUGAAACUGUUUUUCAAGUUAAUUUUUUAGUUGUUUCCAAGUUAAAGUAGUCACAUCACUUUUAAAUUGCACAUGGUGUGCUACGGCUGUGAUUUUGUCUUCGUUUUGUUUUCUUGAACAUUUCUGUUUGCCUGAUUCCUUUAUAUUCGACUGUGUCGUUUUUGUUAAUCAGGGUAAUUACUGUAACAUCUGGCACUGAUCUCAUUUAUCAUUAUACUCCGGUUACAAGCCAUCCAGGAUCAUUUUAGUUGUUGCAAAUGUUUCAUAGACUAGUUUGUUACUUCGACCUAUGUGAAAUAUCGUAUUCGAGGUUUAAAAGAGGUGGGUGUCUAUACUAUCUCAGAUAUUUUGGUCAAAACACCAAAGAAUUUAGUCAUUUUUGAAAUAAAACCUACAGAAAUUUAGAAAUUUA